GCUUGCAACGAAAUCCUUCAUCACUUGAUACACACUCUUAACUAACACUUUCUCUUAUUCAUGGAGUCCCUUCUAAGAUUCACUCUUCUCUUCUUUGCCUUCACUACUUUCCUUGCGUCCGCCUCCGCCCACCGCGACAUAGUCGGAGGUACUCUCCGGCUUCCCUCUGAGGCCAUCUCCAGAUUCUUCCAUGAGCCAGAGAAUGAAGGGACAAGGUGGGCUGUUCUUCUUGCUGGUUCCAAUGGUUAUUGGAACUAUAGGCAUCAGGCUGAUAUUUGUCACGCAUAUCAACUAUUGAGGAGUGGAGGGGUAAAAGAAGAAAAUAUAAUUGUGUUUAUGUAUGAUGACAUAGCUUAUAGUGAAGAAAACCCAAGGCCUGGAGUCAUAAUUAACAAACCAGAUGGGGGAGAUGUUUAUAAAGGUGUCCCUAAGGAUUACACCGGCAAAGAUGUUAAUGUCAACAACUUCUUUGCUGCUCUUCUUGGAAACAAAUCAGCUCUCACUGGUGGCAGUGGCAAAGUUGUAGAUAGUGGCCCCAAUGAUCACAUAUUUGUGUUCUACAGUGACCAUGGAGGUCCAGGGAUUCUUGGUAUGCCUGUUGGUCCUUACUUGUAUGCAAAUGAUCUUAAUGAAGUCUUGAAGAAGAAGCAUGCGUCUGGAGGAUACCAAAGCCUUGUGUUUUAUCUAGAGGCAUGUGAAUCUGGGAGUAUCUUUGAAGGCCUUCUUCCUGAAGACAUAAAUAUUUACGCAACGACAGCUUCAAACGCGGUCGAGAGCAGUUGGGGAACAUAUUGCCCUGGGGAGGAUCCUAGUCCUCCAGCAGAAUACUCAACCUGCUUGGGUGACCUCUACAGUAUUUCUUGGAUGGAAGACAGUGACAUACACAAUUUGAGGACAGAAACUUUACACCAACAAUAUAAAUUGGUCAAAGAUAGGACUUUGAAUGGAAACGCAUACUAUGGCUCUCAUGUGAUGCAAUAUGGUGACGUAGGGAUCAGCGAGAACCUUCUUUUCCAAUAUUUGGGAACAAAUCCUGCCAAUGAUAAUUACACUUUUGUGGAUGAAAAUUCCUUGAGGACACCUUCAAAAGCAGUGAACCAACGCGAUGCGGACCUCAUCCAUUUCUGGGAGAAGUUCCGCAAAGCGCCCGAGGGUUCUUCGAGUAAGAUCACGGCGCAGAAACAAGUUGUGGAAGUGAUGUCUCACAGAAUGCACAUAGACAACAGCGUGAAACUCAUUGGAAAUCUCUUAUUUGGCACUGAAAAGGGUCCUGAAUUGCUAAGUGCAGUUAGACCUGCAGGGAAGCCUCUUGUUGAUGACUGGGAUUGCCUCAAAAACAUGGUAAGGACUUUUGAGACACAUUGUGGAUCCUUAUCUCAAUAUGGAAUGAAACAUAUGAGAACCUUUGCAAACAUCUGCAAUGCUGGGAUCCAUAAAGAUCAAAUGGAUGAGGCCACAGCACAAGCAUGUGUUAGCAUCCCUUCCAAUCCAUGGAGUUCUCUUGAGAGGGGUUUUAGUGCAUAAUUCAUAAGAUAAUGCACUAAUGAAGAUUAAUCUAUUAUUAGUGUUUACAUUAUCAUAUCUUUUAUGCUAGCCAUUACUAUUAAUUUCUUGAUCCCUCUUUGUAAAUACAAAAUGGGGUUGGAUCAUUGUAAUGAUGCAAGAAUUAUUAAUGAUGCAUUUAUAGGGUUGGAUCAUUGUAAGAAAAAGAAGUUACAAGGGAUGAAGGAAGGACCUAAUUGCUUUGGCCAAUUGGAAUAUCCAAUAUGAUAUAGGGCAUAAGAUCAUGAAUGCAUAUGCCAUAAUAUAAUGUGUAUAUUUUUAUUCCAUAGGCAAAUUAGGCAGAUAGGUUCUCUUCCCUUGGCAAUUUGCUAGGGAAUUGACAUCCCUUUGUAGAAUUAUUUUUAGAGCAAUGUAUUUGGUACAAUUAUUGUA